AUGCACCCUUCAAGUCACACUGCGAGACACUGGGUGCUUUGCAGCUGUAAAAGCGGCGACGGCCUAGGCGCUGGCCCCUGCCAUCCUGAGUGGUGGGAUUGUUUACCUGGCCAACACCGCAGCAACCAGAAUAAAGAGCGUUAUCGAUUGUCGGCCAAUGGAUUCGCGUCGAUGCAGGCAGCCAUUGAACCUCCCAAACAAAAAACACACCCAGCCCGCAAACCUCUUUACGCGAGUCUCGACGCGCUUUCAGAGGCCACCGCGUUGGAGAGAUUUAAGACCCAAGACUACACCAUCUCUGUCAACAUGGUGAGUUCUUGUUGAUUCUGGACCCUGUACCCUUUCCACGCAACCGACAUCGCGCUUGUCUGCUACGUCACUAUUCUCACCCAGUCCGUUUAUUUGGUGUUGUUUGCCUAAAAUAAGAGUCAUCGUGUGAAUUGACACCCCUGUUCGCCCGUCUCAUUUCCCCUGCAUAGUGGCCGCCCUCACGCUCUCCGUUCACUGCUCUAUCAU